AGGUACCUGAGGAGAAACGAUGGCCACAGAAUCUCCCCGCCGCCCGAGCAGAUGCACUGGAGGAGUGGUCGUUCGCCCCCAAGCUGUCACGGAACAGUCAUAUAUGGAAAGUGUUGUUACAUUUCUUCAAGAUGUUGUGCCACAGGCCUACAGUGGUACCCCACCAGCAGAAGAAAAGGAAAAAAUCAUUUGGGUCAGAUUCGAAAAUGCAGAUUUAAAUGAUACAUCAAGGAAUAUGGAGUUUCACGAAAUUCAUAGCACUGGGAAUGAGCCACCAUUACUGCUCAUGAUUGGAUACAGUGAUGGAAUGCAGGUCUGGAGCAUACCGAUCAGUGGUGAAGCUCAGGAGCUCUUUUCUAUCCGCCAUGGUCCGGUUCGAGCUGCACGAAUCUUACCAGCGCCACAAAUUAGUGCUCAGAAAUGUGAUAAUUUUUCUGAGAAGAGGCCUCUUCUUGGUGUGUGCAAAAGCAUUGGAUCUUCUGGCACAAGUCCGCCUUACUGUUGUGUAGACCUCUACUCUUUGCGAACAGGAGAGAUGGUCAAAUCCAUACAGUUCAAAACUCCUAUUUAUGAUCUGCAUUGCAAUAAAAGGAUACUUGUUGUAGUCUUGCAAGAGAAGAUCGCCGCCUUUGACAGCUGUACUUUCACCAAAAAAUUCUUUGUUACAAGCUGCUAUCCUUGUCCAGGGCCUAACAUGAACCCUAUUGCUCUUGGAAGCCGCUGGCUUGCUUAUGCAGAAAAUAAGCUGAUCCGAUGCCAUCAGUCCCGUGGUGGAGCCUGUGGAGACAACAUUCAGUCUUAUACUGCCACAGUCAUAAGUGCUGCCAAA